AUGUCUCUCCUUGAAAAAUGGUAUCUAAAAUUUGAUCGGGAAGAAAAUGACCUUGAGGUAGAAGAAGAAGACAGUGAUGAAAUGGAGGACCUGGAUCUCGAGCAAAUAAAACCAAAUCGAAGUAGUUUAAAGUCUAAUGAAAGUAUGCAAGUAGACAAUUCCGAUAAUGGCUUGAAAGAAACUGAACUUGGUAAUGCUGAUGAUAGCAUACCAACUUUGACUACUGCAACACUUGAGAAAUUGCAAGAGGCCAUUACUCAGUCAUAUUCUUUGCGAUCUUUGCAAAAAUUGUUAUUAGCUUUCCGUGCGGCUGCUCAUAUUAAUGAUGGCGAAGAGAAACGUUAUUCGUAUAAAAUUAAUGAUCCAGCAG